GAGAGGGAGUUAAUCGUUUGUAUCUCAACAUCCGGAUAUCCUCUAUAUCCGGUGACAUUAUCAAAUCUUUACUGCAGCACAAGAACAAACGCCUACGGGCAUUCCUAUAAAUUGUACAUUAUUUCUUUGUCGAGACCCGACUUAAUCAACUAGUUGUCUCAUUUAUCUAGGAGCAAUCAUGUCAUCUCCCAAACACCUUCGUAUUGGUGUAUUCAUUCCAGCUGGAUGUCAACUUCUUGAUAUGUCAGGUAUCGACAUUUUUUUCAUGCUUUCACCAGAAUACCUUGCAGCAUGUGGGUUACCGGCCCCAUUGGUCGCACUUGGGAUUAGCUGCGCGAUAUACUAUAUAUCUCUUCCGUCCACUGGGCCCGAAGUUGAAUUGACAGCUAACGCUUUCCUUCGAAUAUCGAAAACUAUAACAGACAGUGAAGUGCAGCCGGGCAUGCUGGAUGUCAUGAUGGUUCCGGGACCAGAUCCUAGAAUAGUGUCAGAUGAAGACACACAGUCGUUUUUGAAAUCGCACGCCGAAUGGAGAGGAGAGAAUGGAGAACGGGUUGAUAUCUUAAGUGUCUGUACGGGAAUUUUCUUAGUGGCUCAGAGUGGAAUUUUGGAAGGAUUGAGUGCUAGUGGACCAAGAGCUCUGAUCCCACGGUUGAAGAAGGAGUUUCCAGACACAAAAUGGGUUGAUGACAGGAGGUGGGUUGUAGAUGGUAAUAUGUGGAGUAGUGGUAAGUUUGUGAUUCGCACAGUAUGUACGCGCAACUAACACGCAGGCAGGUGGCAUUACCAACGGACUAGAGAUGAUCGCUGCCUAUAUAAGACAAAGGUUUCCUGGUCCAGCAGCAGAGGCAGUGAUCGCAAUGGCAGAUGUUGGAGAAAAAGGUGUCUCUUAUACUAAUGGGAACACGAAGGAAACGCUUUGGUGGUUAUGGCAGAUCUUGAAAGCAGUUGGUCUUGGUAUUGGAAAGGGCAAGAAAACUUGAUAGGGGAGACAGGAGCAGCAUCAUGUUUCUUGUUGCUCGAGUGACUGUGGGAGUCUGUUCUUGCAGCGAUUGAUGUUGUCGAUAUGAUUUGGAUAGAAUCCUGAUAUAUACCUCGCACACAUGACAUAGCUAGCAUAUGUUCGAGUAUCGAGGAGCAUCGAGGAGUAUCGAGACUUCUCGAGACUUCUGUAUUGUAUCUUUAAAAAUCUUAAAGUGGAGAGCUAUGAGAAAAUAAACGUCAAUGAGCCAAUUAGCCAAUCAAAUUAUACCAACGGAUCGCGAGUUAGUCCUCAAUAGGUAGCAACUCUCA